CCGACUGUGCUGCUUGCAGGGCCGGAAGGGGCUCAUCGGGGCCUCAUGCCUCGGAGUCUCAGAAUCUUUGAAGAAUUCUUCAGAGCACGAAAAAUCGCCAAACUCACAGGGAGCUUUGUGAAAGGCCUUAUACCCUACACAUUUAAUGUUUACUUCCCGGAUGGAAAAUUUGAAGGUGCAAGAGGGUUCUCUGUCUCUUCGGUUGGUCGACCCCCAAGCACAGUGGAGCCCUUCAUGAUUGACGAGAGAAAGGUCACACCAGAGCUUGUGGUUUUCUGGGUCAUGAAGCGGCUGUACGCACAGAAAUUGCUCCCUUGAGGCGGAGAAGCGAUGCGGCCUGGAGAGAAAGAAACUACUUCCCCCUAGUAUUCCUCUGUCAAUUUCAAGGAAGAUCCACAACUGUAAGAGCGGGGGACGGCACGGCACAGUCGGUUCAGAGAAAAAGAAUUUCAAAGAAAGACAAGUUGUUGAUGACGAUCAAACUUACAAGUACGUUUGGGCAGCGGCGUUGACUUGCAAACGGGUCGGUCAAAGUCAGACUGCUGCCAAAUUGGUCAGUCAAAGUGACCGACAAACCGGUCUGGUGAAAUUGACUGACCAGAAGACUGGUUGGUUCGUCGAACUUAGUUCGAACGCGCCACCAGGUGAGACGGUCGACGAGCAGGGUGCCGUACGUAUCCUGCAGCAGCCCGAGUGAGUGUGCCGUGCAGCCGGACCGAGUGUUCAGCAACCAAGCGGUCGUCAGCUGGGGGAAUACGGAUGGAGGACUUCUGUCGAAGAGACUGAUUUGCGGUGUGUGCGGCAACGCGACAUGGCGAUAGAUGGCAUGUGCAGGAGAAGGUGGUUGGUUCCAAAUUGCUUCUGCGGGACCACAAGGAGGCAGUACAGGCAAUCAAAAGGCUGAGAGAGAAUCGGGACAUCGUCCAAAAGAGAGCUGUGAAAACACUGAGUGAAAACACUGAAAAGUUGAAAACCGACGUGCAAAUCACAUUCACCCCUUCAGAUGGCGGCAACGGUCCAAGACUGUGCACAAGCGACUGGAUGGUGAAAGAACUUCGAAAAUUUUUAAUUGACGCUGACGCUCAACAAGGAAAAGUGCUAAAAAUGGCGGCCUCGUCACAAAAUGUGCCGAAGUUGUGUGUUAUAUAUUAUUAUAACUAUGGGAUGGGAAGCCGCUCAACUUCAAAUCUGCUAAGUAGAUGAAAGUUGUGUUAACCAUUGGAUCAUUUAGUUAACUACGUGUUAACUAUGUGUGCGAACUAUGUGUUCACUAUGUUCAUUUACCGAGUUAACUCUUGGAUCACUUAGUUAACUAUGUGUUAACUACACACUGUGUUAACUAUGGUUUCACUGUGUGUUAACUCUGUGUGUUAACUCUGUGUGUUAACUCUGUGUGUUAACUUUGUGUGUUAACUUUGUGUGUUAACUCUGUGUGUUCACUAUGUGUUAACUAUGUUCAUUCAUUGCACUGAUAUGCAAGGGCACUGCACCCUUAGCAUUUAAGGCUUGUUUUGAGCUGAGCUGUGUGCUAUCUGAUGGGUUUAGUCCUGUUAGGGGGGAUGAAAGAAGAGAUGCAGGGACCACUCCACCCCUACCAUUCACCGAAGUUAAAAAUAGAAAGGAGUCUUUGAGAGGUCUUCGUAAAGCUUAGAGCUUUCUUUAGAUCCAAAAAUCAUAGCAAUAAGAAGACUAUGGAACGCUGAGUUGUGUUCGACACAAACACGUCAGAGGCCCAAACUUUCAGCAACCAGUGGUUAACCCCUGGUCUUGUGUUAGGGUCUUGGGUUAGGGUCUUGGGUUAGGGUCUUGGGUUAGGGUCUUGUGUUAGGGUCUUGUGUUAGGGUCUUCUGUUGUGCCCUUUGUCUUGCUUUACUCACUGCUGGAGUCUGAAAGUAGUAGCUGGCACUGUGGUGAGAAUGGGGUCUGGCAGCACAUAGCACAACUGCCUGAAAGCAGUAUAGCACAGCAGCUAAAGCCUAAAAGCACAUAGCACAGGAGCAAAAAACACAUAGUACUAUAGUCUGAAAGCGUAUAGCACUGGUGACAGUGUGUCUGGCAGCAAAUAGCACAACAGCCUAAAAGCGGUAUAGCACAGCAGCUAAAAGCACAUAGUACUACAGUCUGAAAGCAUAUAGCACAGGAGCAAAAAGCACAUAGCACAGGAGCAAAAAGCACAUAGCACAGGAGCAAAAAGCACAUAGCACAGGAGCAAAAAGCGCAUAGUACUAUAGUCUGAAAGCAGUAUAGCACAG